AUGGCCUUGGUGUCUAGAAGGUCGACUAGAUCCGAAAGCACAUCAAUAUCAAAGGAGGAACAUCCGGAAGGAGCAUACCUGACAAAGCUGUUCUUUCGAUGGCUUGUUACCUUGGAGGGUGAUCAAGAUAUAAACGAUGGGAAGGGUUAUAUAUCGAUACCUAACGUUUCGAAUUAUAUAUUCUUCCUUGGUGGCAGAUUUAGAACAGUGAAGGGUGCCAAACCCUUGUGGUUGGGUGUUUUGUUCGUUAUUCUAUGUCCUAUGGUUCUCUUUUCCAUUUUUGAGACACAUAAACUGUGGCAUACCCGAAAUGGUUAUAAAGUGCUGGUCAUUUUAUUUUAUUACUUUUGGGCCAUAACGUUAGCAUCCUUCAUCAGAACUGCUACUAGUGAUCCUGGCGUUCUUCCGAGGAAUAUUCAUUUGGGUCAGCUACGAAAUAAUUAUCAGAUCCCACAAGAGUAUUACAAUUUGAUAACGCUACCAACACACUCUUCAGUCUCAAAAGACAUUACUAUCAAGUACUGUCAAUCAUGUAGGAUAUGGAGACCACCUAGGUCUUCUCAUUGUUCCACGUGCAAUGUUUGCGUGAUGGUUCACGACCAUCAUUGCAUAUGGGUCAAUAAUUGUAUAGGAAAAAGAAACUACCGAUUCUUUUUAGUGUUCCUACUAAGCGCAGUAAUUUCAUCAAUUAUCUUAUUAGCUAAUUGCGCCAUCCAUAUUGCACGAGAGUCUGGGGGGCCUGGCCACUAUCCCGUGGCAAUACUGUUGCUCUGCUAUGCGGGACUCACCCUAUGGUAUCCCGCGAUACUAUUCACUUAUCACGUAUUUAUGGCAGGUACCCAGCAAACCACAAGAGAGUUUCUAAAAGGUAUUGGAUCCAAGAAAAAUCCUGUAUUUCAUCGCGUGACUAAAGAGCAAAACAUUUUUGAUAAAGGCUCUUUUUUGAAUAAUCUAGGUUACUUGAUGUUGAAACCAAGAGGCCCAAGCUUUGUGAGUGCAAGAAAACAGCACGAGGCUGGUGAUUGGAGAUUUAUGGAUUUGUCGCCAGCACACAGCUUUGAAAAGAUACAAGAAAUAUAG